AUGCUAACAGAAGAUAAAAAUAAAGUUGUAGUAAUCGGUUCUUGCAGUGUUGAUUUUGUGACAUAUUCACCACGGCUGCCUAAACCUGGAGAGACACUUCAUGGACACAAAUUUACUACUAGUUUUGGGGGUAAAGGAGCUAAUCAAUGUGUAGCAGCAACAAAACUUGGGGCAAAUUCAUACAUAAUAAGUAGAUUGGGAGAUGAUCAGUGGGGGCAGAAAUAUAAAGAGUAUUUAAAAGAAAUUGGUGUAGAUGUCACGCAUGCAGCCAUUACAUCCAACAGUUCAACUGGUAUUGCUCAAAUCGCAGUUGCUGAAAAUGGAGAAAAUCAAAUAGUUAUUGUUCCAGGGUCUAAUAAUCUUCUAUGUUCUAAUGAUGUGAAGGAGGCAGAAAACCUAAUUAAAAGUGCUGAUGUUAUUGUAGGACAACUUGAAACACCCCUUGAAUCAACAUUGGAGGCUUUUAAGCUUAGUAAAGGUAUAAGAAUUCUUAAUGCUGCGCCAGCUCGGAAAGAUAUAGACAGCAUCUUACCAUAUUGCUCUAUUUUAUGUAUUAAUGAAUCGGAAGCUUCCUUGCUUGCUGAUUUUGCAGUUGACGUAUCGAAUGCUCCAUUAGCAAUAAAUAAGUUAUUAGAAACUGGAUGUGAAACAGUCAUUAUAACCUUAGGAGAAAAGGGAGCAAUUUUUUCUUCAAAACACGAUAAAAAAUAUUUUCAAGUUUUUUGUGAAAGUGUUAUUCCGGUCGAUACCACCGGAGCAGGCGAUGCAUUUGUCGGUGCUUUAGCAACUUAUUUAGUCAGUCACAAAAACUAUCCAAUGCAUCAAAUUGUUGGUGCAGCUUGCCAAGUUGCCACUAUAUCAGUAACAAAAGAAGGAACCCAAAAUAGUUAUCCUACAAAUUUUGACGCUUUUAAUAAGCAAUACAGAUAUGUAGAAUUAGAAUAA